CGCUAGCGCUACGCUUUUCGAAUUUUGAUCGAGAGGUGGUUUUCGAAAACAAGAUGUGAACAUCAAUCCGUACGCCCAGCCGCUCGCGCGGGUUGGAGGUGACGAAGCAAUCGAUAAACCGGUACUGCACAAGAAAUAAACGCCGGGGGAAAAUAAACACUUGCCGUGCCCGCACGAGGAACCGCAAGCCAUGGAGAGCGGUGAGUCAAUCCGGGUCCCGUCCCAGCUGCAUGGUGGCGUGCUUUCCCCGUCGAAGAGUAGUUACAUGCCCGCACUUAUCGACUGCAAAAAUUACGUCUGGGUCUGGAAGGAUACGAACUUGUGAUGCAUACUUAGAUCACACAAAAAUCUGUCGUGCUUGGACAGCAAAAAGAGCUCUUUUUACUGUCGCCGAGAGAAGGCGUUUGUCAUGCGGAUUACGCAUUGGGAAGCCGUCUCAAAACCUGUGAUGCUAGGCUUUGCAUGCCACACCUUCUGUGUCAAGCAGACACAGCAUCACAAACCUCAGCAAUCUUCCAGACCCAGACACUUUUGCAUUUGAUUGCACUGAUCGAGGUCGGGAAUGAACGAACCAGGAGGUUGCGGAGUCUGCACGAGAUGCAGGGGAGGCGUAUGCAUUGCAAAUAUGCCAUCUGGUGUUCUAGAAACAAGCAGAGGUUUGUGAUGCAGCCUCCGCAUGACUCAGAAGCUCUGGCAUGCAUGCCCUGGCAUCACAGGUUUUGAGCACGCUUCUCAAUGCCUGGUCCGCAUGACAGAUCCCUGGUUUCGGUGCCCAGAAAAUAGGGGGCAACUUUUGCUAUCUAUGCAUGACAGAUCUUUGUGUGUUCUGAGCUGCCCAUCACAAGCUUGCAAUCUUCGAGACCCAGACAUAUUUGCAAUGCAUAAAGCGGCAGGCGGAGCAAGAGCGGAGUCCGACGACCGAGGUGAAACCGAUUACAAUAGCCGAGAUGCAAGAGAGGGAUGCGGAGCUGGCAAGGAGAAUGAUACGGAAGUGCAAGUACCGGGAAAAAUACGUGCUGCAAAUACUAUUCGAGCACGAGAAAUUGGCGAAGCUGCAGGCCGACUUCGACAGAAACGACGGCGUGCUGGAUCUGGAAAAGUACUUUUAUUUAGGAGAGUUUUUAGUACGUUAUGUCCGUAUCUGUCUUGCUCUUGCAUCAUGCCAGUAGAUUGAUUAUGCAUGGGUCUUCGUGCAGCAUCUCGUUGAAUAAACCAUAACUUUAGGUUUUUAAUCUCCGUGCUUGUCAACUUCGAGCUUUUUGUCGGCACAGAAGAAGAAGAGAUCGAGCACGAUUCUGGCGAGGAUGCGGAAAGCGUCCAUGGCAACCAGGAAACCGAAUCCCAGCCCAGCAGGCCGCAAAGUCGACAGGUCGGGGCGAAAGGCAGUGGGCCCCCGAGUGAAAUGCGGACACCCUCCGCCGCGGGUACAACUUCUAUGGUGCAACAAGCACAAGCAACAGCAAAAGGUACUAGUAGUUCAGCAACCGGGAGGAUAAGUGUGACAGGAAUUACCGGUGGCGGCGCCGACGAGGAGAAAGCAGGGGAGGAGGGUGGUGAGGUGAAAGAAGAAAACGAAGAAGACGCCGCCGCAAGAGAAGCGGAGGAUGCGCUGCUGUUCAACAUAGCGUCCAUAGUGGAAUUGUUUCGGGAAAUCGAUGUGCACUCGGUGGGAGAAAUCACAUGGGAGGAGUGUAGCUCUCUUCUGAUAGAACAAGGCAAGAGUCAAAGCAACGAGAUGGACGGGUAGAAGGGUUUUAUUGUUUUGAAAGUUCAUUUAUCAUUUCAUGCAUUUGCUAUUUGCUUUUGGAUGAAUCCGGUGCAACUACCGGUCGGCAUCGAAAGGCUGGUAUUAUAAUCUUCUAGUUCUGGUGUUCAUCAAACCAAACCACAGCGCUGUCGCCCAGCUGGAAACCAAAGCCUACCAGGAAAGCAGCGUGACCGAUUUAUCGAAGCACGAGGCGAACGUGGAACGGCUGGUUUAUUUACCAGAGAAGAACUACCUCGCCUGCUUUUCCCAGUCAAGAAAAUUCCGCAUCUACGAUCCGAAGAAACUCCAUUUAAAAGCGGAAGUGGCCGGGCAUAGGGGCUCUGUGAUCACGUGUAUUUACGUGGAGCCGAUGGAUCAAAUCGCCACCUGUGCCGCCGACAUGACGAUUUGCCUGUGGGACAGCAACAGCCUGAAACUACGCUCUCGGGUCGUCUGCCGGGACGUGCAGAUUUGUCUUGCGUACAACUCGCAGGUAGACCCGAGCUGCAUCUACUCUGGUAUAGAGUUUGUUUGCUAACAAAAACAAGCCACUUGCCUUCCCAUAAGGAAGUAUCGUAUUUGUUUCCUUCUAAGAAAGAGCAGUGCAAUUCUGUCAAUGUGAUGAACUCACUACAACUACUUACAUCAGGUUCUAUCGACGGCACCGUGAGCAAGUGGGACUUGACCACGCUGGCGUUAAAGGACAGCAGAAAAGCGCACAAAGCGGAGGUGAAUGACCUCCUUAUGCUUCCCGACAUGCUCCUCAUCGCGUCCGCCAGCUCCGACUGCACGAUUUACCUCUGGGACGUGCAGAGUUUCAAGCCGAAAAAACACUUGAAAGGGCACAAAAAAUCUGUGCUCCAGCUCGCCUACAGCAUGGGCUGUUUGUUAUCCGUCGGUCUGGAUCAGGAGGCGCUGGUGUGGAACCCCUAUGUGGACAUAUCCCACCUCUUCAAGCUGAAGGGCCACACGCACAGCCUGGUCGGGAUACAGAUCGGGGUGGGGUCCUACCCGCAGAUUAUCACCGGCGAUAUCGGGGGAAUUCUCCGCGUGUGGGACGUCAGGAACUUCGGCUGCUCGCAGGUAUGAAAAUUGGUGUUACGCUUCUACUAGAAAGAAAGGUUAAAGUGAUGCGAUGAAGUGCAGCACCGUGAGUGCUUUAUUUCACUCCUCCUGCUUAUUUAUUUGCUUCUGCGAACAACAUGCUGGGUUUUAUCUAACCCAGGUCUUCGGCGCUACCGACGCAAUAACCGACCUCACCAGUUUCUGCGUUAUCCCAGAGCUAAAGAGGAUAGCGUGUGGAAUCGGGAACAUCCGGCUCUACGACUACCUUGACAGCAGGGAAGGAGAGAACGCUGCGGGGUCCAACGAGGACGAAAAAGUCACUGAUGCGCUGGAAGUCCGCGCCACCUCCUGGGAUGGGCACAGAGGCAGGUUUUUCACUCUGAGCCGGAAGUCGAUAAAAAUCUGGGACGCGGAAUCCGGGCGAAUGAUACAACUGCUGAAGGAUUUGCAGUUCACAAGCGCCGCGACAAAUCUCGCCGCCGGAACGACAGCGAAAUCCUCAUCCUCUUCCAGCGGGGAAUUAACUGCGUUUGUCGUUUCAAAUAACAAUCGGAAACUGAUCGUCGGGAACAGCCAGGGGAGCAUUGCGAGCUUCUCUAUGAUGGGGAAGUUGCUCCGCGAAUUUUCCAGCCCGAACGCACCCGGGGAAGAGGUCACCGCGAUGGCUUUGUACGACAGCCCACUAGACGGCCCUCUCGUCCUUUCCGGCAGUGGGAAAGGGAGCGUGAAGAUCCACGCGGACACCGGCUCAGCCUUGCCGAAUUUCAAAACCGAGUACCAAGCGCACGGCGACGCGGUUUUGGGUCUAGCGGUGGGGAGAGAAACCGCUGCUAGUUGGUCGUCGGACGGGACGGUUUGCUUGUGUGAUUUGAAGUCACUCAAGCAGGAGCAGGUUUUAACGGUCUUCCAAGACCUCGUCGUCGGUUGCGAUUUCGUCGUGAAAACGAACAGCUUGGUGUGUGCAGAAGCGGGCGGGAAUGUUUCGAUUUUUGAAAAACCAGACAGGGAAAGCCCGUGGAGAAGAACGUAUCUAUACUGAGUAGUUUGCGACGUUGUUUCUUCAAUCCUACUGCGUUGGAACUGUUUCUUUGAUCCUCUCAAGAACAGGAACAAACGCAAUGCUUUAUCGUGCAUUAGAAAAUGAAAAGUUUUUUUCGUUUCAUCAAUAAGGUACCAAUUUCACCAAGCCGAAGUCCUUUCCGCCUACGUGCAGCAAGGCGAUUUAACUUGCCUGAAACUCCACCACCCCGCCGCCGCCCCCGACCGCGUGCACCUGUUCCUCGGUGACAUGAAGGGCCAGGUAAGGGAGUACGACCUGACUUUUUACUGGAACAACAUCCUUCCCAACGUGGCGAAUCCCUCUAGUUCCGUCGGGUUCAUGAAUAAGCAGUCGAAAAACGAGAACAAGCCGUUUAGGCUGCAAGAAGCGAUUCUUCACGAGGACAGCGUGCAGAAGAUUGCGGUGCUGGAAUUCGUGUCGGAGGAAGAAGAGGGAACAUUAGUGCAGGACGCGGUUGUGAAAACAGUCGGGCUGGAUAAGAGGGUGAAGGUGUCCACGUGCACCGAUCUCGGGAAAAGCCGAGGUACUUUAAAGCUUGUGAUGGAGAAACUACCGGAUGUACUGACUAGUGCGAGGACCACGAGGUAGCACGAUGCGGCCACACCUUUUGCAGGUAAAACUUUGUUCGUUUUUCACUCCCAUGAUCAGGUGUCCUCUGCAAUGCGGAUUCGAAAUGGGAGAUGUUCUACGCGGCCGGCACGCUGAAAUACGCGGAAGCGGAGAACAUGAUGCUCUCAUUGACGAAAAAGCUCAAUCAGAAGUGGCGGGAGGUGAACUUAGUCCAUCCCCCAGCAGCACUUCUCGCCGCUUCGGACAGCACAGCCACGCAAAAUAAAGACCACAGUCCAAACGCCAGCGCGUUUGGACACAAUCAGAGCACAAGCAGCAAGAAGACCCAGCGGCUGAUGGAGCAGUUGCUGAGACACAGCGGGAAACCAACCAAUUCCGCCACUCUAGAGCAGUUAUCGCAGCUGGAUCUGGACGACAUAGAGUCCACAGAUUUCAACCACGUGUGCGAUCGGCUGGGGGCGAAGGGGAAACAGUUGUCGAUAGAAAACUCCAUGCAGGUAUCGAGUGGUCCAUCGAGUCUGGCGCCGGCAGCCAAGAUGCGGCAGAGAAAACAUCCGUUGAGCGAAGGAGAGCGGGCGGCGGCCGAAAAGCUGGCGAAAGCACUGGAAAGAUUGUGAUACAGUGCCUCUCAGUAAGUACUUCGUUCAACAAAAGUCCAUGCUAUGAAUACGCGCAAAAUAUAGAGAUUUCGUUUCAGAGGUUGUUUCCAGCACAGAGGUCAGAUGCAGUUUCUCGUCGUUACUAAACGACUACGAGAUCGUUGCAAUUUUGAAUCAGAGUUUCGUACACGGUCAUUUUUGUAGAAUGCGUGACGCGUGGUCGACGUCAUGCUCAUGCCGCUUUUGCAAGACAGAGUCUAGUAACCGUAAUAGCAUCGUUAAUGCUGUGCACUAAAAAGACUGCACAAGAACAAGAAGAGCAAAGUUAUACAUUGCAAGAAAACGUCUGAGCAUAGCUCUAAGCAUCGUUUACUAUUCAAGGGGUCGUAGGUACGUAGCGUAGACACGUGUUUUUUUCGCCAAAAAAAGUCAGCAAACAUGGUCAAACGAAGGCAAGCAAAUCGACAAGAUAAGUAGAAAAGUCGUGCGCAACGUGCAAAACGUCCAAAAAGGUAUCGAAGGCGUAAUCGUACAAAAUUGAAAUUCCUUAGCCGUACCGUACGAAAAUUUCUAGCAU